AUGAUGGAUGAUAAGAAAGGUGAAAUAGUAUUUAAGUAUUUUAGUGAACAAUUUCGUGCUCUUAAGGAGUAUCAAAGUAAUGGAUUUGAAAGUAUUGCAAGACGCCUUGAUUCUAUUGAAAAAGAAAUAAAAUAUAUAAAAGAUAAAAUUCCAAACACCACAGGAGAAAAUUUUCAAAAAUCUGAAAAUUUUCAUAUGUUUUCUCAACUAAUUAAGGAUAUCAAGCCACCAAAUGAAGAUGUAACGCCAAAGGAGAAUAAAGAAAAUGGUAAUUUUUUUUCAAUGGAUACUGAUAGUAAUUUUUCAAAAUGUGAUAGUAAUAACAGAAUAGAAAGUUUUGAGAAACAUAUUGAAGAUUUAUCACUUCAACAAAAUGAAAAGAAGAAAAUGGACAAUUAUCCAUUUUCAUUCAACACAAUUAAAAAUAUUGAUAGUAAACUUUAUAUUAAAUCUUCUGAUGAAAAUAAACCUACUGAUAUUGGUCGUGUUUCAUGUUCACUUUUUUUUGCCAAUGGUGGAAAAUAUUUAGAAGUAAUGAAUAAAUCUACUCUUGUUAAAUCUACAAUUCGAUUAAUCAACAACAAUAUUAAUACAAUACAAAAGAAGGAUGGUAAAAAUUAUGUUGCUUUAAUUUUUCCCAUUGGCUCAUUUGAUCAUUUUGAGGGAGGAAAAUUAGAUGAAUUCUAUUUAAAAUUUUCUGACAAGGAAAAUGGUAAUAAGUUUUAUAAAAAAAUAAAGGAAUUUUGUGAAGUAUAA